AUGGGCUCGGCUGUCCAGGGUGCUCUCGAGCAGCUGGCGUCGGCGCCCGUGGACGAGGUGGCCAUCAUGGAGCUCGACAUUGCCCAGGCACCCUCGGAAGAUUACACGGCUGUGGUCCAGGCUUGCCUGAACAUUGAAAAGUGCAGGUCCAUUACCGUCUGGGGCGUGAGUGAUGCUGUGAGUCUCUGGUCUUUGACGUGGAUUGUGAAUCUUGCUAACACCCCCGAGGACUCCUGGCGUCAGGGAGAUAACCCUCUCUUGUUCGACGGCAGCUUCAACGCCAAGCCUGCUUACGAUGCCAUUCUGAAUAUUCUUUAA